GGCAGAUAAGGUCGUUGGGUUUAUUGCGGUUGUAGUGUGCGAAUGCGAGGAUCAGGCUGAUGGAUUUUAUCCACAGUGACUGAGUAUUUUUCUCUCUACCCUUUGGUUUAAAUAGGGAUUUUGAAGUAUAGUUGGAGCUCCGAUGAAUCUGCCACCGAUCCCAGAUAGUUGGAUUUUAAUUUUAAUUCUUUGCUUGUCACGAAUCGCGAUGAAUUCUUCACCAACCUACCAAAGGGCGGAAGAUGGUCACCCACCAAAUCACAACCGGUUCUUCUUCCAGCCACUGCCGGCACCACACGUGUUUGUACCUCCUGUGUCUCAUUUCAUGCACCCUGCAGCCUUCCACCCACACUUCUACCCGACCGUGGACUUUGGUGGUAGUUUGUAUUAUCCUGUGUGCCCAAUGCCAUUCCCAAGAAGCUAUGGCCCGCGGUCACCAAUGGCUCACACGAACUUUAGGAGACCCUAUUUUAAUUCAUUUGUCGCUCGCCCAACAUUUUAUCAUUCUACUCGAUUCAGACACUAUCCCUUUCGAAGAAAUGUGACUAAUACAGAAGUCCAAACGGACACAAGUGAGACAAAUCCAGUCCAACCUAAAAGGACAGAUGUGGUUACUGAAACUAUGGCAUGUAGCAGUCAAGCUGCUGAAAUAAGGCACCAGAAGCCCCUUGGUACUGAAUCAGCCUCUGGCAGUGCAGAUAUCCUCCAAGAAAGAGGUUUGCAUAAAGGAUUGCAAGGUGAGUCAAAUGAGACAGAAGAAAGCAAUGCUGCUGUGGCUUCCAAGAGUGCCAAGGCAGGUGGCUAUGCUUUACAAAAGGAAAAAAUACGGAUAGAGUGCAGUGAAGGAGCACCUUCUAUAAAUGUAUGGAGGUCAUUUGAAGCCACGGUUCCCAUAUAUAAUACUCCUAAUAAGAAGGUAGAAGAUGGUAUUCAAUGUGAAGUUUGGUCUGUAAGUGCCUGUGAGAGUGGGGUGCCUUUUUAUGGCUCCUUUGAAGCUGACAAAAUAAUCCGGAAAACUGAAGUUCCAGAACAGUGUCCUCUUCCAGCCAUGUCACAAGGGAUGUUGCUGGAUUCAAACAAAUGUCCAGAAACAGGGUUUGAAUCCAGGACAAAAGAUGAGGUUUCGUGCUGCACAACCAUGGUUGAUAAAGUGGACAACUUGCUGUGCAAAACCAAUAAAAGCCGCAAAUUUCCAACAAAUGAAUUUGUACAUGAGGCACCUGAAAAGCCUCCACUGCACAUGAGCUCUAGUGGACUUGUUCGUCAAAAUGGAAUGGAAGAGAAGGAUGCAACCAAUAAAGAAAAUGAGCAGAUUAUUUCAAAAGAACCAUUAAAUGAAGAAAAAAUGUGUGAGGCAUUGAAAAGUGAUGUUUCCCUUGAGUCGGCUGAAGAAUAUAUACCUUCCGCAAGUGUACUGGCAUGGCUACAAGACCAAGCACAAAGUAGUUUGCGGAAAAAUGGUCUUCCUCAAACAGUGCAACAUCAACCAAGGGACCUUGAUGGAUCUUUUGAAGAAAUCUCCUCUAAGGAUGAGGAAUCAUCAUUUGAUUUCUUUGAUGUCAUGCAUGGAAAAAACCAAGUGUCAUACUCUCACCUGAUGUGUAAUCCCCAUUCUCCAUCCUUUUGCCCAGCAACAUCUGUCUGCAAUGAUGAAAUUGGCAGUAAAACUUUAGGGAAUCAACACUAUGCUGAGAGAGAGCAAUUUUGCAGUUGUUGUAAAAAAGAACUUUUAAAAGGAAAAGGCAUAAAACAUAUUUGCAGAAAUAACUCGGCUAUUUGGAAUAUUAGUAGCGAUGCCCUGUCUGAGAGGGAGGAUUUGAAAAAAGACCAAUUAACUCAUGGGAUUUCAGUGUCCAGUGGACGGCGAAGAUGUCGUAGGAUUUCCAGAGAAUCAUUCAGAUCAAACAGAAACAAAAAAUCUCGUUACUCUUCAGAUUCCAUAGAGGUUUCAGAGGAGAAUGAUGAUGAUUCCAGGGCAGGAAUUCCAGAAAAAGCCAAAGCUGAUGGAUUUUCUCAUAAGAAAAUAAUCCGUAGAUCACCUAAAAUCUCCACACUUCAGAUAUCCAAUCGGUUGCAACAAGAAAAACUGAGGGUGAAGAAAAGAUCAGACAUGGCUAAAUAUAUUAUUAACCAACGAGAGCAAACUAAGGUAGUGUCUGAACACCAGGAGCUCCAGAAACCUGGGCAAAUCUCAAGACUAGAACGAAAACACGAGGGGAAAAGACGCAAAUGUACACGAAAAACAAUGAGUGUCCAAAAUGCAGGUGAAGAUUCUGUGGAUGAAUACUGGAAUAAAGUUGGUGCAAAGCCCAAGUCAGCUACUCAGUCACUUGAUGUCGAGUAUGAGAAACUGCAACAAGUCAAGCCCAGCUACAAAUCAGUCCCUCAAAAGAGAGCUGCUCAGAAGCUUAAUGAGAUGGAUUUCUGGGAUUUGUCAGAUUUGCAUGGAUUUCAAGGAAAUGCACUGAGGAGAGGAAGGACUAGAAGUGCCAAAAGGGUUGCACCUUUGUGCCAUGUCAACAAACACCACUUGGAUGCAAUUCAAAAAUACUCAAAUUAUUUGAAGUACCUUCAUGAUGCAGAGUGAUUAAACACUUAGUUGAAAAUAAAUUGGUGCAAAAGCAGUACAUAAUGUCCUGUAUUUAAAUAUUUUCUAGUCCUUCUGAAUUUUAUAUUCGGGCUGGGCCCCCCAACUUACCUGCAUUAGGUUUGUAUCCCUCUGCCUUUUCUAUCCAAAUAUAUCAAAAUGUCUUGAAUUA